AUGGAGUAUUUCUACCUCAACAACUUUGCCGACUUCAAUUACACCUAUGAGUAUUAUUUUUAUGACCUUGUAAAUUACACCAUGUUUGAGGAGUUUGACUUUCGUAACAUGAACAAUUGGCAAAUUGUUGGGCCGAGCGCCUCGCACAUGAUUUCAUGCAUUGUGAUCUCGAUAGGUUUUCCAUUGACCUUGUUUGCCAUCUAUGCUCUGUAUUCACUGGUGCGACACGACCAUGUUGCUCCGGUCUAUGUCAUCAACCUCCUGAUCUCCGACCUCAUCCAGAUGUGCUGCAUGGUGAUCUGGGUGGCAGAUCACAGGAGCUCUAUGGUCUUCUACUUCUCUACUUUGAUCUACUACAUUGGUGUGAUGGCCAGCGUUGGCUUUAUGGUGUGUGUCGCACUAGAAAGGUAUUUGGUCGUCGCCUGCCCACUGUGGUACCGCUUCAGACGAAACGUCAAGUUGUCGGUGCAGGUCUCCAUUAUGGUCUGGGUCUUAUGUUUCAUCGAGUUCCUUGUUGCCCGGCUAACUAACGUCUUCGUCAUUGUCCGCUUCAUCUUCCUCCUCCUCCCCUUCCCGCUGCUGAUCAUCUUCUCGGCUGGUACCUUCAAAGCCCUGUCUGCGGCCAUUUCUGUCACUCCUAAAGAAAAACGGAGAAUCUUAGGAACUUUAGUCCUGGUGCUGCUGAAAUACACACUGCUGUUCCUGCCCUUGGUCAUUUGGCUCCUGGAAAUGUCAUGCAGGUGUUUACCUUACAUUGCAGAUGAUUCACGCUUAUACUUAUCAUUCCUUCAGUUCAGUCCUCUUGCAGACUUGGUUCUGUAUGUUUUCAUGAGGAAAGGGGCUGCAGACAAGCUGCUGGACUCCCUGUGUUGUUGCAGGAUGACAGGAGAAGAAGAAGUGAGCCAGAUAGAUGCUGAAGAAGUCUGUUCUGUGUAG